GUAGUGUCAAGUGUCGUGUCCUUGGCUCCGUUAUUACAUUUUUUUAGUUGCCAAAAAGAAGUUCUUGAAUCAAAGACCCUGGAAACUAAAUACAAAAUCAAGAUCUUGUGUGUUUAGAGUAAUUAAUUAAAUACCUGACAUUGUUUUAACCUGUUUUUUUCCUCAAACGUGCAUAUCAACAAUCACUCAAACCAUGCUCACGUCAACAAUCAGGACUCUUGCUCGACGAUCGUUCUCAACAUCGAAAUGUGCAGCUGCACAGACAGUAACAGUUCGAGAAGCUUUAAAUGCAGCCUUAGACGAGGAAAUUGCACGUGAUGAUCGAGUAUUCCUUCUUGGAGAAGAGGUAGCUCUUUAUGACGGAGCCUACAAAGUUUCCAGGGGUCUUUGGAAAAAAUAUGGUGACGCUCGUAUUUAUGACACUCCCAUAACAGAAUCUGGAUUCGCAGGUCUCGCAGUCGGCGCUGCAAUGGCAGGACUGCGGCCAGUUUGUGAAUUCAUGACCUUCAAUUUUUCAAUGCAGGCAAUUGAUCAGGUUAUAAAUUCAGCGGCAAAGACAUUGUACAUGUCCGCUGGUCUUGUUAAUGUACCAAUUGUAUUCCGUGGUCCUAAUGGCGCUUCAGCUGGCGUUGGAGCACAACAUUCACAAUGUUUCGGUGCAUGGUACAGUCAUUGUCCAGGAUUAAAAGUCGUUUCACCUUACUCAUGUGAAGAUGCUAAAGGACUUUUAAAAUCGGCUAUUCGCGAUCCUGAUCCUGUUGUUGUACUCGAGAAUGAACUCAUGUAUGGUUACCAAUUUAAUAUGUCUGACGAAGCAAUGUCCAAAGAUUUUCUAGUCCCAAUUGGAAAGGCGAAAAUUGAACGUCCAGGAAAGCACAUCACACUCGUUGCACAUUCCAAAGCUUGUGAAACGGCACUUCAAGCAAGUGAGGAACUCGCUGGACAAGGAAUUGAAUGCGAAAUGAUUAAUUUACGUUCACUUAGGCCUUUAGAUAUCAAUACGAUAAUGAAGUCUGUAGCCAAAACGAAUCAUUGCAUCACUGUGGAGCAUGGAUGGCCUCAUUGUGGUAUUGGCGCUGAAAUCUCAGCCAGAAUUAUGGAGAGUGAGGCGUUCUAUCAUCUUGACGCACCAGUAAUUCGAGUAACAGGUGUUGAUAUUCCCAUGCCAUAUGCAAAAUCAUUGGAAGAGACAUCAAUUUGUCGAAAAGAUGAUGUAGUAUUUGCAGUGAAGAAAGUUCUUGGAGUAGCUAAGUAGUAAAUUGUGCAAAAUUUUUAGAUACAUUUCCUCCUUUAUUUUCGAAUCGUCGAAACUUUCCUCCUUAUUAUGCUUUCUAUUUAUUGAAAGUUAGUACAAAGUGAAAUAUUAGUUACAAUUUCAAUAGUUUAUCAUAUUUCUUCCAAUAUUGGUUUUUUUUUAAAAUUCAAAUGCACUUUUUUUGUUUAUUAACUAUAUUAAUUUUCGGUUAUAAACAAAGAAAGUAUUCAAAAUCACUGCCACAAUUUUUUUCCCAACUUUAAAAAUCAUUUAUUUUUCGUGAAAUUGCGUCUUAAAUGUUAUUUUUUGUUUUCUGUAGAUAAUCCAAUUGUACGUUUCACGAAAAAUUGAUGAGUUUUAUAAUGAAGUGCAAAUGGGAUGUUAAUAUUUUCCUCUGGAAAAAAAAGAUUUAAGAAAUGAAUCUCAUUGAAUGUAAAUUGUUAUAAUUUAUUUAUUUCGAUUUUACAUUUUCUGUCUUUCAUUCUCUCUCUCUCUCUCUCUUUCGUUCUCGCACUCGUUUGGUUCGCAAAAUUCUUGACAAAUUAAAAAUCCCUAUUUUUGAAAAUUGUCCAAUUGUUAAGGAAGAAAACGACUAGACAUUUGAUUUGACAGUGUCAAAGAAUCAGUUUUAUGAAGAAUUGGCAUAUAAUGCAGACACUUAAUUUGUGUUUGCAUUUGUUCGUAAAUUAUUUAUUAUUACAGAAAAAAAAAAAUAAUAAAUUGUAACAUACAA